AUGGCAAGGCAAGGCAAAAAAUCAUCAUUAUCAUUAUCAUGCAACAACAAACAAACAGAUAGACAGAAUACUUCAUACGCCUAUCUUUAUACGAAGAUUGGUGCAAUCAAAUCUCAUUUUGUAUGUCAUAUAAUAGCUUGCAUUGGUAACUAUUUGGAAAAAAAAAGAAGAAUGCGUCUAAAAUCUCAUUAUAAUCAGUUGACAGAAUUGCUCUCUUCGAAAUCAUGUAAAUAUCGAUCAACUCAAGGCGAGUGUAUUCCACCUCGAAUUCAGAAUCGAUGGUCUGUACAAUCACCUCUCAGUUCAGGCUCGUUCGGAUCGAUCUACCAAGGAAAAGACUUAAUUACCGGUGAAAGAGUUGCAAUUAAAUUCGAAAAGAAAGCAUCACAUCAUCUACAAUUACAUAAAGAAAGUCAAAUCUAUCGAUUGAUCGAAGGAACAGGCAUGCCGAAAAUGUAUUGGUAUGGAACAGUAGAUGAAAACUAUCAAGCAAUGGUGUUGGAAAUGCUCGGACCAAGUAUCGAAGAUUUAUAUAACUACUGUCAUCGAAAGUUUACUAUAAAAACCGUUCUUUUGCUUGGUGAACAAAUGCUUGAAAGAAUUUGUCAUGUACAUCGUCGAUCUUUGGUACAUCGCGAUAUCAAACCAGAUAAUUUCACCAUGGGUAUCAAUUCCAAAUGUCAAAAUGUUUAUCUAAUUGACUUCGGUUUAUCGAAAUACUAUCUCGAUAAGACAACGCGACAGCAUAUUGAAUACAAUGAUCAUAAACAUUUCGUUGGUACGAUACGUUAUGCAAGUCUGCGUACUCAUGCCGGCAUUGAACAGUCGCGUCGUGAUGAUCUCGAGUCUCUUGCAUACACUUUGAUGUAUUUAGCACGGCGAGACAAAGGUUUACCCUGGCAAGGCAUCAAAUGUGAAGAUAAGAAAACGAAACAAGAGAAAGUUUAUGAAGUUAAACUGCAUACACAUAUUGAAACUUUGUGUGAAGAUUUACCAAAGGAAUUUCAGGAGUUUCUGAUGUAUACACGACAACUUGGCUUUGCCGAAGAACCGAACUAUGCUUAUCUGACUUCGUUAUUCAAACAGGUUUAUCAAACGAUGAAUCUGAAAAAUGAUUUUGUUUAUGAUUGGAUCCGACUUGGCAUAAAAACAAAAGUUGAAAUGUAA